CUCGUCAGUUGUCACACUAUAAAAGGCCCCUGCCAAAAACGCUGCUUUUCAUCAGCACUGCUUUCGAUUCACAGGAAACCAAGCUCGGAAAUAAUGGCGGUUUCUCUCCCCGAUGAAGAGCUAGAGGUCCUCAGCCAUGCGUUCUCAGGAUGUGGAGGGCUUGGAGUGGAUGAGAAUUCAUUGGUGGACAUAUUGAAGAGAUGGAAGCAACCGGAGCAGCGUAGUCUGUUCAGGAAGAGCAGCUCUAAGUUUUUCAGGCCGGAUGGACACCCACAUCACUAUCUCUUUGAGAGAUGGGAUGAUGCCCUCAUUCGCACUCUCAAGUUUGAGUUCGCUCGUUUCAAGGAAUUGGUGGUGCUAUGGACAAUGCAUCCAUGGGAAAGGGAUGCUCGUUUUGCUCACUAUGUGCUCCACAAGGCCUACCCCUUCACCAUCCUGGUAGAGUUGGGCUGCACUAGAUCAUCUGAAGAGCUCCUUGGUGCCAGAAGGGCGUACCAAGCCCUCUACCACCAUUCACUUGAGGAAGAUGUCUCUAUCCAUGUCAAGCAAGACUAUACCAAUUUGUUGCUUGGAAUAGUGAGUGCAUACAGAUAUGAAGGUCCAAGUUGGAGUGAGGAAAGAGCUAAAUUAGAGGCCAAGGUUCUUGGUGAGGCUAUCCGAAAUCCUAAUGCAGUGAAGCCUGUAGAGAAUCAAGAAGUCAUUAGGAUACUGACCACCCGGAGCAAGCUUCAACUUAGAGCCACCUUCGAACAUUACAAGGAUAUUUACGGGAAGUCGAUUGAUGAGGAUGUUGGUGAUGAUUUGUGCUUGCAAGAGACUGUCCUAUGCUUGAAAUCACCUCCUACCUAUUUCAGCAAGGUGAUCAAUGAAGCCUUGAGAGACGAUGUCAGUAAGAGCACCAAGGAGGCUCUCACCCGAGUGAUUGUAACUCGGGCUGAUGCAGACAUGAAGGAUAUCAAGGAUGAGUAUCAGAGGCUAUACGGGGUUGAACUCGAAAAUAUGAUAAGCAAAGGAACACAUGGUAACUACAGGGAUGCCUUGCUCUCUUUGGUGGCAAGACAAGAGUAAGAAGCUCACAUCCAUCUCUUAAAAUCGACGGUUUCCUAUUUAAAUUUCUACAUUAGUUGUUGUCUGUGACCUCACCCGGCUGUACUCUGAGUUUCCCUAUCUUGCUCCUUUGGUUCUUGGGAAUUUCUUCUUUUCCAUGAAAUCAGAAUAAAAGCUUGUGUUGUGUGCCCAAUACUUCUACAUUUCAAGUAUUUGAAUUUAUUCCUCUCAUUGUAAGUUGAAUAGUCAUAUAUGAAUAAGUGAUCAAUUUCCUGCGUUCUCUCUUUU